AGUGCGGGCAGCACCUGAACGCCUCACAGUUCCUGCGUUGUCCUUUGAACGCAGCUCGUCGCUUUUUAUCCAACAGCUGAAAGGUGACCAGAAGCAGGACGCGGCGAACAAGAUGAUGAGUUUGCAGCUGAGCGCCAAAGAGGAAAUGUUGGAGCAGUUUCUGGACGCUGCAGCAAGAGGAGACCUGUCCCAGGUGUCCGCCCUUCUGUCCAUUGCCCCUUCACUCAUCAACAAGACGAGGCACAGCGGCUGGACGGCGCUGAUGCUAGCAGCUCGUAACGGCCACCACCAUGUGGCGGAGAAGCUGCUGCUGCUCGGUUGUGACAAAUUCUCUGUGAACAGUUCAUCACAGACCGCCUACGAUAUCGCCAAGUUCUGGGGUCACAGACACAUCGCCGGCCUGCUGGGCCGCGCGGCCGACGGCUGCGGGCGAAUCCUGCCCGCCGCCGACCUCCACCCGCACGAAAACUACUUCAGCAGAGAGACGCUGGACCGGCAGAGUGGGAAGAGAACCGAUAAGGUCUGGUUAGAGGCCAAACAGAGCGACUCGGAGAGCGUCUACCUCCUGUUCUCCAACCUCAGCCCCAUGGUCAGAACGCAGCAGGAGGACGGCAGUGAAGCGCAGGGGGACAUGAAGCUGUGCCGGUUCAGGUAUGAGGAAGUGAAGGAUCUCCUGCUGAAACCUUCAACCGUGACGAUCUUCCUCGGAAUAGAGAAGACGGUGAACCCUUCUUCCUCCUUCUCCUCUGAGAAAGCAGAGAGUCUCUCUGAGCCUCCGGUUUGGUUCGCCAUCAACACAGACGAAGACGCUGCUGCCCUCCUGGAGCGCUGCAGAGAAAAGAACUGUUCAUUCCCAAGAAGUCCCAACAGAGACCUGCUGAAGCUGAGUGAGGAAGAGGCAGGCGUCGUGGCACAGGCCCGGUCGGUGCUGGCCUGGCACAGCCGCUACAGCUUCUGCCCGACGUGUGGCGGCGCCACCAAGAUGGAGGAGGGCGGCUACAAGCGGAGCUGUCUGAACUCUGAGUGCCGCAGCCUGCAGGGCGUCCACAACACAUGCUACCCAAGAGUCGAUCCAGUGGUCAUCAUGCUGGUGAUCCACCCUGAUGGAAACCAGUGUCUGCUGGGCAGGAAGAAGGUUUUCCCCGUCGGGAUGUUUUCCUGUCUCGCUGGAUUCGUGGAGCCUGGGGAGACGCUGGAGGAGGCGGUGAGGAGGGAGACGGAGGAGGAGAGCGGCGUGAAGGUGGGCCCGGUCCAGUACGUCUCCUGCCAGCCGUGGCCCAUGCCCUCCAACCUCAUGAUCGGCUGCCUCGCCGUCGCCGUGUCCACCGACAUCAAGGUGGACGAGAACGAGAUCGAGGAGGCGCGGUGGUUUCCACGGCAACAGGUGAUCGAUUCUUUAUUCAGAGGAGACCGCUCAGUGUUCGUCAUCCCUCCCAGACAGACGAUCGCCCAUCAGCUGGUCAGACACUGGAUCUGCAUGAACUCCAACCUCUGAUACGAAACGUUCAGGAGACGAUCUGC